GUCUGUCUCCUUCCCAGAGUGGAGGUCUGUCCAUGGGGAAGAGCUGCAAAGUGGUUGUGUGUGGCCAGGCAUCGGUGGGGAAGACCUCAAUCCUAGAACAGCUGUUGUAUGGUAACCAUGUAGUAGGUUCUGAGAUGAUUGAAACCCAGGAAGACAUCUAUGUGGGUUCAAUUGAGACUGACCGAGGUGUGAGGGAGCAGGUGAGAUUCUAUGACACCCGGGGCCUGCGAGAUGGGGCAGAACUUCCCAGGCACUGUUUCUCCUGUACAGACGGCUAUGUCCUGGUCUAUAGCACUAACAGCCGAGAGUCCUUCCAGAGAGUUGAACUGCUCAAAAAGGAGAUUGAUAAGUCCAAGGACAAGAAGGAGGUCACCAUUGUGGUCCUUGGCAACAAAUGUGACCUUCAGGAGCAGCGUCGAGUGGACCCCGAUGUAGCCCAGCACUGGGCUAAGGUGGAGAAGGUGAAACUGUGGGAAGUGUCUGUGGCCGACCGCCGCUCUCUCCUCGAGCCCUUCGUCUACUUGGCCAGCAAGAUGACUCAGCCCCAGAGCAAGUCAGCCUUCCCACUCAGCCGUAAAAAUAAGGGCAGUGGCUCCUUGGAUGGCUGAGGCUUUCCUUCUCACCUACCCACCCCCUCCCUCAGCCCCACCCUAUCCCAAUCCUACCCUCCCCCCCAACUCCUUGGGGUUUCAGGUAAUUGGGGAAAUGGGAGGGACAGAGUAAGAUGGGCUUCCUGAAGUCAGCCUGGCAGAGGGCCACAAUGGUAGGUCGCUGGGAAACAUCCUGAGUCUCAUCUCACUCCACUGCUUCUCUUCCUUGGAGAAGAGUCCAAAUAGUGCACGUUACUCCACAGCCACCACCUCACUCCCCCUCAUCCCUAUACUAUUGCUAUCAGGCUGAAAUCCAUUUUGAGAGCUAACAGUGCCAGGAGAUAGCCAGUUGAUUGUGGUCCCCUGUAAAAGGCCCCCAACAACUCCAAGUCAUGGCCCUUGGAAAAAGAUAAUCAAGCAGAGAGAUUGGCAUGGGAGGGAAAGGGAAAGAAGUCCUCCCUAUCUCAGGAGGUGUCUCCAGUUCACUUGUGUUCUUCCCUUAAGAAGAGCCCAAGCCGCUGAAGAAACAGAAACUUCUCACUAAGUUGUUUUCCCUUCCGGCUUACCCUGCCCAGGGUGUAUGGCCAUGAUAUAGUAUAAGACCUUCCAUGCUGGGGGCGGGGUCCAGUCUUCCACCAUGGAGGGUCCUUUAUACUAUAUCAUGGCCAUACACCCUGAGCAGGGAGUCUCAGCUGUCUUCACUUACUAGCAAGGUGAUUUGGGACAAGAGACAUUUCCUUUUUUGGUCCUCAGCUUCUUCCCCUAUAAAGAUGAAAGGGUCAAGACAAAGA